UUGAAAGGGUUUUGGUUUUGACUGAGCAGAACGGGGCCAUUGCAGAUCAACAUGCACUUUAAAUGAUCAAAACCCCCAUCUUUCCCCUGGGAAGGAGGAGGCCAAGGAAGGCUGUGUUUCUGACUCACACGGGGGAGUCGUAAACAACCCUGGAGAGAACAGCCAGGCCUGGUGAGUCACUCCUGGGAGUGGCUCCUCCCCACCCUGCCACGCAGCCCAGCCGGCAGCUGCGGGCUGGGCCUACCCCCUGGUGGCCAUGCUCCCUCCGCACCUGGCCUCUCUCUGUGGCAUGGGGGCGGCCGUGCCCCUUGGUGGCGAUGAAUGGGAGUGGAGCUGGGCUGGCUGGGCAGGCAGGGGCUUGCCUCUUGCUGACUAAGGCAGCCCUGGAGGGGCCUGACCAUGGGGCAGGGACCCAGUUGCCAUCUCCAGAGCCAGGAUCAUUGGCCAGGCUGGGGAAUCAGGGCCCCUGUGGUCCUGGCACGCCUGGCCCGUGAGACUGUACUCUGCACAACUCCUCCAGGUGGCCAGGGUCACCGGAGCUGGCUCGCUCCCCUCUGCCAGUUGCUGGAGGUCCGGGCACCAGGCCACAUCUCACCUUCCCGCCAGGGUUAAACAUUAGUGGGAGGUUAUUAGUGUGGGCCAGGGGAGGGAGGGGGGAAAUUCAACUCUGUCUCCUUUGCUGGAGCCGCCAGUUUCUGCAAGCCCAGACAAUGCCGGUGGAGGAGUUUGUGGCUGGCUGGAUCUCUGGAGCUCUGGGCUUGGUCCUGGGACACCCCUUUGACACUGUAAAGGUGCGACUGCAGACCCAGACCACCUACCGGGGCAUCACUGACUGCAUGGUCAAGAUUUACCGCCAUGAGUCCCUCCUGGGCUUCUUCAAGGGAAUGAGCUUCCCCAUUGCCAGCGUAGCUGUGGCCAACUCUGUCCUGUUUGGGGUCUAUAGCAACACCCUGCUGCUGCUCACGGCCACCUCCCACCAGGAGCGGCGGGCCCAGCCACCCAGCUACACGCACAUCUUCCUAGCGGGCUGCACCGGGGGGUUCCUGCAGGCCUACUGUCUGGCUCCUUUUGACCUCAUCAAAGUCCGGCUACAAAACCAGACAGAGCCAGUGGCCCAGCCGGGUAGCCCCCCACCCCAGUACCAGGGGCCCGUGCACUGUGCAGCCUCCAUCUUCCGGGAGGAGGGGUACCGGGGGCUGUUCCGAGGAGCCUGGGCCUUGAUGCUGAGGGACACCCCCACGGUGGGGAUCUACUUCAUCACCUAUGAAGGGCUCUGUCGCCAGUACACACCAGAAGGCCAGAAUCCCAGUUCAGCCACAGUGCUGGUGGCAGGGGGCUUUGCAGGCAUUGCUUCCUGGGUGGCAGCCACGCCCUUAGACGUGAUCAAGUCCCGGAUGCAGAUGGACGGGCUGAGACGAAGAGUAUACCAGGGGGUGCUGGACUGCAUGAUGAGCAGCGUCCGGCAGGAAGGACUGGGGGUCUUCUUCCGGGGGGUCACCAUCAACAGUGCCCGCGCCUUUCCCGUCAAUGCUGUCACCUUCCUCAGCUACGAAUAUCUCCUCCGCUGGUGGGGAUGAGCCCUGCGGCAAUGCCAAUGGCUCCCCAUCAGGCCCAUGGCCCGGAAGCCAGUUUGAGAUUGGAGGCCAGGUUGAAAAUCUGCAGCUUGCAAAUCAGUGCAAGAGGCUCAGCCCUUCCUAACCAAGGCACCUCCCACCCGAGCAGAUCUGGGCUGGGUAGAUGCCUGCAGGAGCCAGAAGCCAGGGGGCCUGGGCAGCCUCCCUGUGUAGCUGGCCUUGACUCCUUUGCCUCCCACGUCUGUGAAACAGGGAGCAUGAGGCACAAGUGAGCUGGCAACAUCCCAGCCCCUGUCCUGUACCGUCACCUCUUUUUUUUUUUUUUAUUUUGAGAUGGAGUCUUGCUCUGUUGCCCAGGCUAGAGUGUGGUGGAGCGAUCUCGGCUCACUGCAACCUCCACCUUUCCACCUUCCAGGUUCAAGCGAUUCUCCUGCCUCAGCCGCCCGAGUAGCUGGGACUACAGGCGGGCACCACCACGCCCAGCUAAUUUUUUGUAUUUUUAGUAGAGACAGAGUUUCACCAUGUUAGCCAGGAUGGUCUCAAUCUCCUGACCUUGUAAUCCACCCACCUCGGCC